CCUCUGACUCUUUCCUUGGUAGAGAUAGUGGAGGGGAUACAAGUGGACAGGGACUUAGUUUGACAAGUAUGUAAAGAUAAGAGGACCUGUAUAUCACUAUGUACCUGUAGUGUAUCUGCUGAUCUGUAUACUGGACACUAAAACAGGCUGUCUGGUGUUGAGCGGUUCCAGUCUGUAGGGUUCGUAAUUCUGUUAUAGAGAAUAACAGUAAGAUAAUUGUUGCAGCCAUCAUGGAACCCCUGACGAAGAAGACGAGGAUAGAGAGGAUAACAGCAGAGGAUAAGAGGGAAAAAGUCGGUGCUGUGUUGGAGAGUCUGGUGUUGGAUGAUGCUAAGGUACACAGGAUCAUGGAAGUGAUGGAACAACAGAUAGACUUUGCCAAUAGUCCACAUGAGGAGGACAGGAAACGCUCUGAUAUGUUUUGGGAGUGUACUUAUGUCCAAGGGCUUCUGAAAGGGGAUGAGGAAGGAGACUAUCUAGGUUUGGAUCUUGGCAGCACUAACUUCCGAGUGGUCAGAGUAACCUUCAACAAGGGGAAGGCUAAAACCAUUACAAAGUACUACAACUUACCUCAGGAACUUCUGUCUGGACCAGCUGAUGGGGCUUUUGACCACAUUGCAGAUAGUAUUGAAAAAUUCAUCAAAGAACAAGAAAUGACAUCAGACACAGCCAUUGGACUGGGAUUCACAUUUUCCUUCCCCUCUGUACAGAAGAGUCUUAAGCGCAGUGUCUUGAUCACAUGGACAAAGAGUUUUAAGUGUACCACAGGCCCCGGAGAGGAUCCUGUUGGAAUGUUAGAGGCUGCUAUAGAGAGGAAGGGGGGCCUGUCUGUACCUGUGAAUGUUGUGGCGCGGAUCAGUGACACUACAGGAACAUUAAUGGCUGGUAACUACCUGGACAGGAACUGUCGUAUCGGCCUCAUCAUCGGUUCUGGAUCCAAUGCCUGCUUUGUUGAACAAGCUAAAAACUUCAACAAAUUGGAGGCUGUUGAAAAAACAUCAGAUCAGAUUCUGGUCAACUGUGAAUGGGGAGCCUUUGGAGAUAAUGGCUGCCUUGACUUCUUCAAGACAGAAUUUGACAAGGAGCUAGAUCAGAAUUCUAACCAUGUCAACUCCUAUACGUUUGAGAAACUCUUUGGUGGAUUCUACCUUGGUGAACUUGUCCGCUUGGUGUUGGUGAAACUGACCAAUGAAGGCUUGCUAUUUAAAGGUCAGGGGUCACCCAAACUCAUGAGCAAAGGAAGCUGGCCAACAUCUUAUGUUACAGAGGUGGAGAGUGAUGGCCCAGGAGAGACGAGCCACACUCGUGGUGUGCUACAGACCAUGGACCUGACAGGAGACGCAGAUGAUAUAGCUCUAGUACAGGAGGCAUGCUGCCUGGUGUCUCAACGGGGAGCAUACAUUGUGUCUGCUGCUUGUGCUGUUCUGUUAAACCACAUUGACCUGCCUGAUGUCACAAUAGGAAUUGAUGGGUCUGUGUAUGAACAUCAUCCCCGAUUUCAUGGCUACAUGAUGGAGCUACUGGAAAAACUUGUACCAAAGACAAAGGUGAAAAUCAUACUGGUCAAAGAUGGCAGUGGUCAAGGUGGAGCAUUUGUAGCUGCUGUAGGAUCAAGGUCAUGACCUUGUCAUGUAAUAGAUUUUAAUUUGUACAGAAAAGGACAACAAUAUAGUGCUAACUUCACACUCCCCUUAGAUACAUGUACGUAGAGAGCAAGUAGCAUGGUAUGUCUAGGGAAUACAGCAGUACACGUGCUAGACCAGCAGCAGCCUACUCACACGAUUGUAUAUCUUAUACGAUUUCAAGUAUUUUUAUAUCAAUAAAUUUAAUCAGAAAUCC